CACCCCUAAUGAAAUUAUCCAAUCAUUGACGAUAGAAAUAUCUUAAACAACACCAAUAAUUGACCAUGAGUAUUUAAUGUGGUUAAAUUGCUAAAGAUUCAUUUCAUCUGGUGGAAAAACUUUCUCGAGAUAAUAAAGCAAAGGAAUAUACAAUACAAUAACAUUAAUACUAAUGGGUUCUACGAGUUCGAGCUUGAAAUUUACAGAGAAAGUUUGUGCUGCAUUUUUCCCAAUAAUUGCAAUAAUAGAAUGUUUAAUAUAUGCGGCAUCUGGUUGUUUUGGAUCUCAAAAAUUACAUCAUAGUCCAAAGAAGUUGCGGUAUGAAUACAGGGAUCUUGCUCGACUUGCUAAUGGAUCUAGAUUUACAGUAAAUGAAGUGGAACCAUUGUAUGAAAUGUUUAAGCAGUUGAGCAGUUCAAUCAUUGAUGAUGGUUUGAUACAUAAGGUAAGCAGUAUGUUUCUGCUGUGCUUUUAUGAUUAUUACUCCCUCCGUCUCAUAAUAAAUGUCAUCUUAGCUAAAAUAUUUUUAUCCCGUAAUAAGUGUCACCUUAGGAAACCAAGACAUAAAUUGGUUAGUUUUUUCCAAAUCUACCCUUUGACAAAAACUAAAAAGUUAAAAAUUAGAGAAAUUGCCAAUAAGGGGUUUGAGUUUGUUUUUGAGGUUAACUUGGAAUUUGUAGGAGAUCAGGAACUAGACUGA